AUGAUUUUCGACCCCAGCCCGAUUGAGCUCCCGGCUUCGUACGAGACGGUCCGCACCACGGGCCAUGUCGUCGUCUCGCACUAUCCGCCCGGGGCACCAACAGCGACGCCCGUCGUUGUCGUGACACUGAAUCGGCCUGCGAACCACAAUGCCUUUACCGGACAGAUGGUGCAGGACUUUGAGACGCUCUUCCCUAUGUUCGAUGUCGAUGAGCGAGUCAAGGUGAUUGUUUUGACUGGUGCCGGCAAGACUUUUUGUGCUGGCGCCGAUCUCGAUAUUGGAUUCCGGGGUGGCAAGGAGAGACCGGCUGAUCACCGUGAUGGCGGUGGACGAGUCGCGUUGGCUAUCCAUCGAUGCCGCAAGCCGACUAUUGCGGCCAUGCAGGGGUCGGCCGUUGGAGUCGGCAUGACCAUGACGCUACCGGCGAUCAUUCGGAUCGCGUACGAAAAAGGAAAAUACGGAUUCGUGUUUGCGCGCCGAGGCAUCACAAUGGAAUCCUGCUCAUCCUAUUUCCUGCCCCGGUUGAUCGGGCACUCUAACGCUAGUUACCUGGUCAGCACGGGCGGCGUGUUCCCGCCGACGGCAAAGCAUUUUGGCGAUCUGUUUAAUGAGAUCCAGCCGGACGCAGCGCGGGUGCUGCCGCGGGCCCUCGAGCUGGCCACCGAGAUCGCCGAGAAUGUCAGCCCGACCUCGUCCUAUCUCAACCGCGCGUUGCUGUGGCGGGACUCUGGGUCGGCUGAGACUGCGCACUUGGCGGAGUCCAAUGUCAUCUCGCACAUGUUUGGGGCUGCGGACCAGAAGGAAGGCGUGGCCGCCUUCUUUGAGAAACGCAAGCCGAACUUCCGCGCCAAUCUUGAUGAUAAUCCGCCGCCUAGUUUCCCUUGGUGGAAUGAGGUAGAUACCGGCCGGCAGCCCAGGGCAAACAAUCCGUCGAAGUUGUAA